UGAAUUUCACUACAGUCGGUGCUUGCCUUGCUGCCGUGACAGUACUGUACCUUUUUCUGCGUCUGUUGAGCUCUUAUUGCUCUUUGAACAAUUUUACUCUUGAAAUUUUCCUUGGAUUCCAUUGUACAGUCCCGGGCUGAGAGCAUUGGGACCAAGCAUCUAGUAUCAGACCUCCUCGUACCUGGUCAGAGUAGACAGAUAUUUUGAGGUUCCUAACCAAGAUGUCUCUGAAGGUUCAGACCAGCAACGUCACAAACAAGAACGACCCCAAGUCCAUCAACUCACGCGUGUUCAUCGGUAACCUCAACACAGCGGUGGUGAAGAAGAUGGAUGUGGAGACCAUCUUCUCGAAAUAUGGCCGCAUGCUGGGCUGCUCUGUGCACAAGGGCUACGCCUUUGUCCAGUACGCCAGCGAGAGGCAUGCCAGUGGGGCUGUUAUUGGGGAAAACGGACGAAUGCUGGCGGGACAGACUUUGGACAUCAACAUGGCGGGGGAGCCCAUGCCCAACAGACCCAGAGGGCAAGACAUCAACAUGGCGGGGGAACCCAAGCCCAACAGACCCAAAGGCCUGAAGAGGUCUGCCGCUGCUCUCUACAGUGGGUACGACUUUGAUUAUCACUACUACAGAAAUGAAUUAUAUGGCAGGCUGUUUGAGUACAGGGGCAGAGUGUCGCCAGUGCCUCGAGUGGUGCCAGUUAAGCGGCCUCGCAUGGCCAUGCCCCUGGUGCGCCGGGUCAAGUCUUUGCCCGUCAAGCUGUUGGCACGCGCUUCAGUCCUCCCCGGCAGCACCAACAAGCAGAAGUCGGUGAACUCCAACGAGCUACAGGAUAUCAAAUCAGAGCUGACUCAGAUCAAGUUCAACAUUGAUGCGCUGCUCGGCCGACUGGAAAGGAUCACAGAGGACAAACACAUCGCUGCUGAGCUACGGAAGUCAGAGGACAACAAGAGUGAGAUGUUUCAGGACGAGUCAUGCUCAGACACAGAGGAGCUGGUAGACGAGCCCCAUAACAGUGAUGUGGAGGAUGGGGAGGAGGACGGCACACAGAAUGAGUGUGAAGAUGACGACAUGGAAAACAACCACCUAUCAGAAAUGGACUCCAUCCUGCAAUAAAAGUCAGCGGGGAGAAAAAAAGAUUGUUGACUGGAAACUGUUUUAGUACCACAGACUCCACAGGAAGACACUCAAACCAUAGGGUGCCGUCAAAACCUGCAACACCGGCCACAGACGAGACGGACAGACUCACAGCUCCACUGUUAAGCAGAGAGGGGGAGCCGCUCCCUUCAAACUGAGAACUCACAGAAAGCCACUACACCUCCAAAUGACACCACCAGUCAAUUAAUACAGGAAUCAAGGACCUGUAAAAUUGUUCUAUAACUGUCCAAAACGAACAGAACAUUUCAAACUGAGGAAUGCUACUAGCUAAGGAACGGAAUUACUCUUUUAUACUGUAUGCUACAGAACUCUCGAAUCACUCCUUGUCCAGUCUCCAUCCUACCCCUGUUCUUCCUUCCUCAGUCUUUUGUGUUUUCACAAUGUUUCUGUUGUCUUAUUUAUGUGCUGAUCGUAAAUAGAUCCAACUGUUAUUUUUAAUGAGUGCAUAUUCUUCUGCUUGCAUUUUAGAGGCUGCAAGAGAUCUUUACAGAUGUAAAUAAACUAUGUUAACUUGUGA